AUGGCACAUCCCUCUCAACUUGGCUUUCAAGACGCAGCUUCCCCUGUAAUAGAAGAACUUCUCCACUUCCACGACCACGCCCUAAUAAUUGUCUUUAUGAUUAGUACACUAGUACUUUAUAUUAUUAUUGCAAUAGUCACCACGGACCUAACAAAUAAGUAUAUUCUAGACUCCCAAGAAAUCGAAGUCAUCUGAACUGUUCUCCCCGGACUAAUUCUAAUCUUAAUCGCCCUUCCCUCCCUCCGAAUUCUUUAUCUGAUAGAUGAAAUUAAUGACCCUCAUUUAACAAUUAAAGCCAUGGGACACCAAUGAUACUGAAGUUACGAGUAUACAGAUUAUGAAGAACUAGGCUUUGACUCCUACAUAAUCCCAACACAAGAUCUCUCCCCAGGACAAUUCCGACUACUAGAAACCGACCACCGAAUAGUGGUCCCCUCAGAGUCCCCCGUUCGAGUCCUUGUCUCCGCCGAAGACGUUCUCCACUCCUGAGCAGUACCAGCCCUAGGGGUAAAAAUAGACGCAGUUCCCGGGCGACUGAAUCAGACAGCUUUCGUUGCCUCCCGAUCAGGAGUGUACUACGGACAGUGUUCUGAAAUUUGUGGCGCAAACCAUAGCUUUAUGCCCAUCGUGGUAGAAGCCGUCCCCCUAGAACACUUCGAAAACUGAUCCUCUCUUAUGCUCGAAGACGCCU